AUGGUGAGUGGGCCCGACAGCCGGCCGACAUCAAAGGAGUCAAACGAUGGGCAGACUGGCAGCGACAUUGGUUGGAGAUGGUGCCCCUUAUUCGUUGGCGAGUGGGGCGAGGUGCGAUCAGUGCCUGGUACGACACUUGGCUAGAGGACACACCAUUGGCCUGUUUUACCACUUUCACAUCCUCUUGGCCUCGCUUGACGGUAGCCCAGCUUCUCCAAGGAGACACUCGUCUACUUAUUGAGAGGCAUGGACUACCGUCAGACUUGUUACCAGCCAUCACCAUGACUGAGACGAGUUUUACUGAGGACCAACCCAUCUGGACACUUACCAUAGAUGGCAAUUUCUCUUGUAGCUCCUCUUGGGAGCACUUUAGAAACCGCUCCCCAAAGACAUUUUGGGGAAAUCUCAUAUGGCAUCCAGCCAUCACACCUCGUGUUUCGUUCUUCCUAUGGAAGUUCAUGCACCGAGGACUACCCACCGACGAUCGAGUGAUUGUCACCGAUCAGGAGGUGGAAAGGAGAUGUCAUUGUUGCUCCAUCACGACGGACGAAAGUAUGGAACAUCUAUUUUUCCAUAGUGAUAUCGCUGUCGAGUGUUGGAGUCAACUUCUAGCGAAUUGGCUUCCAAUGCUCUCGUACAGACCUACGAGACCACCACUAGAGGUCUUUAGGAGAGUCAUUGACUCACCGACGAGUGUCAAGGUUAGUCCCUUCAUCCGUAUCUCCAUAGCAUAUAUGUUAUGGGAAAUAUGGAAGGGACGUAACUCAUCUCGAUUUGCAGGCCAAGUGAUGCGUGCCACAGAGAUUAUGAGGCACGUAACACAAUGGCUUCGGAGUACUCAUUCCUUAGUGCCAAACAAAACGAAACGCUCGCGUUCUGUUUGUGAGGCUUUUGGGCUUUGGGGACUCCAUAUCAUACCUACACAGACCUGGACUAUUAUCCGAUCUGUUAGAUGGACACCACCGAGGGCUGGACGGUGGAAACUCAACGUCGACGGAGCAUCUCAAGGCAACCCAGGACCGUCUGGAGGAGGAGGUAUCUUACGCGAUAGUACAGGAUGCAUUCUCUUUGCCUUUUCGAACUUUUAUAAUAUAUGAACUAAUACUGUGGUAGAGGCUAUGACAAUACGGGAUGGUUUGCUUCUUUGUGAGGAGCAAAAUAUUACUAAUAUUACUAAUAUUACUAAUAUUACUAAAGUGUUAGUGGACAUGUUACGUGCAGACUCUUGUCCUCAUUGGAGGCUCAAGAAUAUCUGGGCAAACAUCAUGCGAUGUCAAGGACGCAUCACAACCAUUAUGCAUCAGUUCCGAGAAGGGAAUCAGACAGCCGACGCCCUUGCUACGCAUGGAGUCAGAUCGUGUCGGAGGACAGUCUUCUCUUUUUGGCAGGACAUGCCCCUCGAAGCUCGAGGUGCUCAUAGACUUGAGCGACUCGGCAUACCCUCUUUACGCAUACACCGCACUCCACUACCGACCCCUCCACGGUAGUGGCGUAUCGCUUGGAGGAGAUCAAGGGUGGUUACUAUUGGCCGCUGAAGACCACAAUGGAGAUACAACAUAAGACGGACAACAAGGCACAUCGUAAUCCACUCGGGUACACUACUUCCAAUCAUUACUCUCCUCAUAAUCACCUCACAUCUACUAUCUAUCACCCUCAAGUACUGAGGACAUAAAACUAUCAGCACAUGUUGGCAUCUGCCCACUUUUGAACUAUAGGUCUAUAGCACAUCAGACCUGCUAAACUAGUUGUGAAUCGCCAACCUAGCACCUCUCUCAAGAUCUCAUCAGUACCAUCAGCCAGCUUGAACCCAUGAGAAGGUAAGGAUCUAUAUCCAUAGGAUUGACCCUCUCUCCUCUCUCUCUCUCUCGAUUCUCUAUCUCUUUCUCCCUCCCUUUCUCUCUCUUAAAAAAAAAAAAGAGACAGCCUAGUUCUUUUCCCGAAAUCACUAGCCCAUCAUAGACAAUUAGUGGAGGGUGAGGGACAAGGCCCUCAAAAAAAAAAAAAAAAAAAGAAAAAAAAAAAGAAAAAGGGGGUAACCGACUUCCCUUCCCCUAAUCACUAGCCUAAUAUUCCAAAGGGAAUUACCCUUGUACACCAAAUAAUGGGCAUUAGUGGAGGGUAAAAGAAGAGGCCCUCAAGGAGAGAGAAAGAAGAGAGAGAGAAUAAGAGAAAAGAAAAGAGUUAG